ACACACAUAUGUGUGUGUAUGUGUGUUUAUAUGUUCGUCCCAGUCAUGUACUGCUAUUGCUCAUUAAUUUGGCUUCUUUUUUAAAAAAAAUUGUGCUGUUUAGUUAUUUUGUGUGUGUGUGUUUGUUUUGUGAAAUUUUUGAGCUUUUUAUAUGAAUGCUGAAAUUUUUGCUUAUAAAGUUUUUGAUUUUUUUAAGGGAUAUGUGUGUGUGUGUGUGUUUUGUGAAAAUUUUGAGCUUUUUAUAUGAAUGCUGAAUUUUUGCUUAUAAAGUUGCUGCCAUGUGAUCCGGGGGUCACGGGUUCUAGCCGGGGAAACAAACUCUUGCAGAAAUAUAGGAUAAGGCUGCGUACGAUAGACCCUUGUGGUCUAGUACUUCCCCAAACCCCGCGCAUAGCGGAAGCUUAGUGCACCGGGCUGCCCUUUUUGUAUGAAUGCUGAAUUUUUGCUUAUAAAGUUUUGGUUUUUUACAUGGGAUAUGUGUGUGUGUAUCAGUGUAUGUAUUAGGUUUAUUUGAAAUUCUGUCAACUCAAAUGUUGUACAGCUAUUUCUAUUUAAUUUCCCCCUUUUUUUUGAAUUCUGUAUUUUUUGUGAAAUAUUAGAUCACCUUUUGUAUGGAAUUUGAAGUUUUUUUCUAAUCAAGUUUUAAUUUUAAUUUGGAAAUUGUAGUUUUACUGGUGUAUUCUACUUGAAUUGCAUGUGAAUGACUGAACUUUGAUAUAAGCAUGUGGAAGAAGUAUUCCUUUUCCUCAACUGAAAAAUAAGCAUGUUUUCUUUAGCUUGAAAUUGAAGAUUGUAGAGAAAAAGUGUGUAAUAUCUAACUACAAAAUAAAAAUAUGCAAAUCAUAACAUAUUAGAAUAAAAUGAGAGGAUGCCUUCGCAUUAUUUCUGGUCAGAAUUUCCAAUGCUUGACUUAAAUCUUGAAUAGUUCUUUCCCUCUGAAUUUGGUAUGAUGUUUAAGUUGUUUAUGGUUGCCAUGACAUGUCAAACUUAAAUGGUGUUCAACAAUAAUUUUGCUGAUGCAUUUUGUUCCCUUAAACCUUAGCAAGGACUUGACAGCGGUUUUAGCGCUCAGUUAUUUCAAUAAAAAUGGUUGCUUUUGGGAAAAAGUUGAAGGAUAGACAAAUCCAAGAAUGGCAAGGAUACUAUAUCAAUUACAAAUUAAUGAAGAAGAAGGUUAAGCAGUAUGCUAACCAAAGCCAAGGCGUAACAUUGGAUCGGCGGUAUGUUCUCAAGGAUUUCUCCAGAAUGCUGGACAACCAGAUUGAAACAAUAGUUCUCUUUUUGUUGGAACAACAAGGAGUUCUUGCGAGCAGGAUAUCUGAACUUAAUGAACAGAAAGAUUCUCUUCAAGAACAACCUGAUAUAUCCAAAAUAAAUGAGCUGCGAGAAGCUUAUCAAGCUGUGGGACGUGAUCUUCUAAAGCUUCUCUAUUUCGUUGAAAUAAAUGCUAUUGGAUUACGGAAGAUACUUAAAAAAUUUGACAAACGUUUUGGCUACAAGUUCACCGAUUACUAUGUCAAAACCCGGGCUAAUCAUCCAUAUUCCCAACUUCAGCAAGUUUUCAAGCAUGUGGGAUUAGGGGCAGUUGUUGGAGCAAUAUCUCGUAAUCUCGCCGAUCUUCAAGACCGUCAGGGAAGCUACUUGUCAAUUUAUGACCAGCCAGCUCUUCCUCUCCAGGACCCUGUAGUGGACUCAAUGCAAGCAGCUGUUGAUAGAUUAAGUCAUUCAACAAACUUCCUUAACUUUUUGGCUCAACAUGCACUUAUCAUGCAAGAAGAGUUACCCUCUCCUGUUGAGGAAGAAGUUGUUGAUCAGAAAUACCAUUUUAUGUCGCUGCUGUUGAACUUGGCAAAUACUUUCCUUUACAUGGUUAAUACAUAUAUUAUUGUGCCAACAGCAGAUGAUUAUUCUAUGAGCUUAGGUGCUGCUGCGACAGUAUGUGGGAUUGUGAUUGGAGCCAUGGCUGUCGCGCAGAUCUUUUCAUCUGUGUAUUUCAGUGCUUGGUCAAACAGGUCUUAUUUCAGACCUCUGGUAUUUAGCAGUAUAAUUCUAUUUGUUGGGAAUGCCAUGUAUGCAUUGGCUUAUGAUCUCAAAUCAAUACCAGUUCUACUUAUCGGUCGUUUAUGUUGCGGUUUUGGUUCCGCCAGAGCAGUGAACCGUCGCUACAUCAGUGACUGUGUGCCACUUAGACUUCGGAUGCAGGCUUCAGCAGGUUUUGUUAGUGCUAGCGCACUUGGAAUGGCUUGUGGCCCUGCACUUGCUGGUUUACUUCAGACAAAUUUUAAGAUUUACAAGUUAACCUUCAAUCAAGAUACUUUGCCUGGUUGGCUUAUGGCUUUUGCAUGGUUAAUUUAUUUGGUAUGGCUCUGGAUCUCAUUUAAAGAACCUGUUCGCGAGACUGAAGUAAACAAUGUUCCUCAAGAAUCUAAUGCUGAUGCCCUUGAAAAGGGUGUUGUGGAACCAUUGCUAGUAAAAUCACCUCAGAAUCAACAAGAUGAGGAUGAAGAAGAUGGUGACGAGAGUGAAGAAGCUUCCAAGGAGUCGCAUCAACCUGCUAAUUCCAUAGCAGCAGCAUACAGAUUACUCACUCCUUCAGUGAAGGUUCAAUUGUUGAUCUACUUUAUGCUGAAAUAUGCCAUGGAGAUUUUACUUUCAGAAUCUAGUGUCGUCACGACAUAUUACUUUGGCUGGUCAACAAGCACUGUGGCAGUUUUUCUUGCAUGUCUUGGCCUCACUGUACUUCCAGUAAAUCUUGUUGUUGGGAGCUAUAUAAGUAACAUGUUUGAGGACAGGCAAAUUUUGUUGGCGUCUGAAAUUAUGGUUUGUCUUGGUAUACUCAUGAGCUUUCAAGUUGUAUUCCAGUAUUCUGUGCCACAAUAUGUCUGCUCAGGGCUCUUAUUGUUUGUAUCUGCUGAAGUUUUAGAAGGUGUAAAUUUAUCACUCCUCUCGCGAGUCAUGUCAUCUAGACUUUCACGUGGAACCUACAACGGCGGCCUCUUGUCUACAGAAGCGGGAACCAUUGCUCGGGUGAUUGCAGAUGCAACGAUAACUCUUGCCGGGUACUUAGGGGAGAGUAUGCUCUUGAAUGUUACUCUUCUUCCUUCGCUUUUUAUAUGCAUAGUCUCCAUUCUCGCCACCUUUUGGACCUAUAAUUCUCUCUACUGAUUUUAUCUAUGUAGUUAUGUUAUUCUAAGGAACCAGCAAUCAUUGUUGCUCAAUUCUUGUACCUACCUCUCCAUUACUUUGAAAUUUUUUUACCUUUUGAACUGUUUUAUGGAUCAUUUUCUAGUGUUUGGUUUGACAUAAAGUAUGAAGUUAAAAUCAUACAAGGUGCAAUUGCACCGAGUUUAUGUCUGGUAUAA